AUGCCUCGACCGUACACGCGAAAGCGUAAACGAUUUACGAAUAGUCUCUCGCCUGGGCGCACUGCACGCGCAUCAAACUCCGUCAGUCGCCGAAGCUCGCAGUUGCCCGCGGACGCGUCUCUUGAAAGCGCUCCCGUAUCAAGUCUAUCACCACCUGCUGUAUAUGAGGACGGCGUAACUACUCAUGAAACCAUUGAACCUCUUGCAAACAAUGCAAGCGACUCUUUCAUUAAAGAAGAAAGCUACCGCGGUCGGAGCGAGUACUUAGGUGGCACUGUACCGUUUGAUGAAAAUAUGGUCAAACCUGGCCACGAGACAACGUAUACGAGUCCUAAGGCCUCAGCGGCUGAUUUACGAAUGUUACGCGAACAAGGAGCGUUUGAGUUACCGCCAAUAGCUAUUCAGAAACAGCUUAUGGAUAGCUUUAAUAAGUAUUGUGCACCUUGGACACCGGUUAUUGAUCCUGCAUGGUUGGAUGAGAGCACGCCGCCUUCUAUGCUUCUUUUACAGUCUAUAUUCCUUGCUGGGUCUAGAGUAUCUAAAGCUCAUUUGGAUUAUGGAUCUAGUGAGGUUUUUUAUCGACGCGCAAAACUUCUUUUCUUUUUUGGGGGAGGCCAUGGCUCGCUUAUUUCUAUUGUGGCUGCUUGUCUUUUGCAUUGGUACAAUCCUGUUGGGCCUGAGGAUGUUUCGACUGAUACGAGUGGAUUUUGGAUUCGGACAGCUGGGGCGAUGGCAUUUCAAAUAGGAUUGCACAAGGAGCCUCCGCUUAAUGCUAAGUAUCGUGGUCUUCGUCGACGCUUAUGGUGGUCUUUAGUGAUCCGUGAUAAUGUCAUAUCAGUCGGUGUUGGUCGGCCUCGUACAAUCAAUUUACGCGACAGUGAUGUCCUUCCACCUUCGAUGAAUGAUUUUCCGACAAAAGACUUCCAGACGCAACUGUUUUUAGCAUAUUGCACAAUAUCUUGCCUUCUUGGCGAUACUGUGGAGUGUUACUUGCGAAGAGAGAUAUCAAGACAACGGCGUGGUGACCUUGAGAAUGCCGUAUAUCGAUGGGCCAAGCAAGUAAUUCCAAAACUAAGCACUUUAGCCAACACCCAGGAUGAUUCGAUCACAUCUCGCUUUGAAGUUCAGCAGCUACUGGUCAUGUAUUUUGUCACUUUGACGAUCCUGCAUCGACCAGCACCUAAUAGUAUUCCACCGGCCGCUUCGCUAGUCGCAUCAUCUUUCAUCGCAGGUAUCUACGAGGAGUUCCUCCUCAGAGAUGAGCUUCGCUAUCUCGGUCCUGUAUUUUCGUUCUAUCCGCUUUGUGCUGGCCUUUCACACCUUUCGUGCUGUCGCUACCCACAACUUCAAAGUACGGCUGAGCAUGAGCUGACCGUCAUGAAACUUUCUCUUCAGAAAUUAUCUGAGAGAUGGCUCUCCGCUGUCGGUCCUUUAAGAGCCUUGAACAAAUUAACUGAAAAGGUCCGGGCGCAGGGUCAGUUUGACAGCCCACCGCGCACUUUGGAUCCUGAUACCGCGGCCUUUUUUGAGGGAUUCGAUUUCAAACUUUGUAAACAGUGGCGGUUUAUUGGACAACCGUCUGAGACGGAAAGUAGCAAUCUCAAUAAGCCGACUUGUACGUUGGCUGAGUUGCAAGAUCCGACUGAUGCGCUACCGACAAUCGACCCACGACCUGACGAUUUAUUAGAUAAUUUCGAUCUCCCAUUGUUAAACAACGACUUGGAAUCAUUUGGCACUUCCUGGGAAGGCUCAGGGUUUGAUUGGAGUGGCUCUUGGUUAUUAAAUCUCUAG